UGCUAGAAACGCAAUUCCGGCUGGCAUUAUCUGGUUGGUGCCAUUUAACUGGUCCAAUCUGGAAUUUGGUCUGUGCUUUACAACUUGGUUCAAGCCUGCACAGGCUCUCAUCGAAGACCAACAUAUAGCUAAUGCCGCAUUGCAUCAUGGCUUGUAGUGAAUUGGAAUGGUUUAUGUUUUGCAAUGUACUGUUGGUGUAUAUACUUAUUUAUGUGUUGAUGAUGUUUCUGAGGAUUUCUGAAUGGUUAGGACAACAACGUGCAUCACAAUAAUUGGAACCGUUGUUUGUUGAUGGCUUGCGUUGUUGUUGAUCCACAGUGCAUGAGAUCAUGAUUUGUAUUAUCUGAUGAGCAUUGUUUACAAUUGGAAUUCCUUCUCCACUAAACAUGUGAUUGAUUACAGGUGUUUAUGGUAUGGCAUUGACUUGACAGCAGGUUUAGUAUAGGUUUGGUGCAGAUUUCGUGAUGCAGGGUCUAGGAUCUUACCAUGAUGCAGCCAUGAUACAAGCAGGUCAUGACUAUGGUUUGUCUGUAGGUGGAUUGUUGUUUUAUUGUAGGUUGAUGGUUCAGCUCAUGUUGUAAUGAUGCUUGUGUAAUGUUUAUGUAUGGACUACCGCAGGCCUUAAUGAAUGCCAUACACUGUUGUUUUAGGUUUUUGUAUGACAAAUUGAUGCGCCCCAAUGGUUUGGACGUGUCAUUCGGAUUCUUAGCACCCGCGACCGUCAACUUAGGUUUAAUCUUAAGUAGACCGGAUACCGUGACGGAGUACGUUCUUCGGAUCCUCAUGGACAAUAAAGAUGCGGAGAAGUUGUUUUUUAUACCGUUUAAUACCGGUGGACAUUGGUUGUUGCUCGCAAUCAAUCCUAUCCGAGAAAUUGUGUAUUAUCUUGACUCGUUAGGAAAUGAUUGGACAACAUACCCGGAUAUGAAGGUCCUAAUUGACACCGUCCUACAAGCUUUUCGGGCCCAACGAGAUAUCCAAACCUCAAGGAGGGGCGCCAACUCCAUUACAUGGAUUAAAGUGGCGUGUCCUCAACAACGUAAUCAAAUAGAUUGCGGGUAUUUCAUGUUGAGGUUUAUGCGAGAUACUCUUGCUUUGGGCCGAUUAAAGAUUCCCACCGAUUACUUUGAUGAAUUCAAGUGUGCAUUUUAUACAAAGGAUCAAGUGGACGAAAUCAAAGAGGAGUGGUGUCAAUUCAUGAUAAAGCUCAAUGUUUGUUCAUAAAUUUGUGUAAUUAAUGUGUACAUUUGUAGUAUAUGUUAUGACUUGUAAAUGUGUACAUAAAUUUGUAUAUAUUUUGAUACAUUUAAGG